AUGUUUUGGAAAUCUGGCCGACCGCCACUGCCUCGGUACGCUGAACCGGUAAUGUUAACGAAUGGACGUGAAGAUUACUCGAUCCCUAUGAGGCGAAUCGAUGACCCUCCGCCCGGAUUGUAUGGGAGUGUUUGGGAGGAGUUGGUACACCCCUUGGGGGGGACUUAUUACUAUCACAAUAAAAAGAACACAUAUACGUCACUAAAUAUACGCCACAUGGAUCGACAAAGGCUCGAAGAAUUUAUCGAUGUAUCAAGAGCCGCGGCGAAAGAAGACGAUUGGGUAUUGGUUGUUCACCAAAUGAGCUACAGAGGAGAAGACGUAUACCAAUACUACUAUGUGGUCCACAACCUGCGCAUCAUCACCUGGCUCGAUGAUCUGGACGGCUACCUUCUUCUCCGAGAAUGUAUCAAGGCAAGCGAGUGGAGGCAUAAGAGGCUCGAACUAGAAGCUCAGUAUUGGAGACACGUUGAAUUUUUUCCGCACACGUUCCGCAUGACGAGCUCCCAAGUUAGACGCACACGCAGAGAAAUUCUUUGUUACCUUGGAGAAUCACAUGAACGUACAAUAGAAGCUACAACUUUGGCCCAAUCUACUGCAGCUACGAUUUUCUGGACUCUAGACCAAAUGAGACAGGUUGACGCGCAACUUGCUAGUGUCGAAAACGAAAUCAUUGAGGAUACUGGUGUCGUGCUUUGUU